CCGCCCGCUCUGCGCUCGCCAGCGAGACAGGGCCGAGCCGCCGCCAUUGCCGUGAUCCCCCCCGCCCCGCAGCAUCCGCCGCCAUCCGCCACCAUGGUGAACUUCACAGUAGACCAGAUACGGGCCAUCAUGGACAAAAAGGCCAACAUCAGGAACAUGUCCGUGAUCGCCCACGUGGACCACGGCAAAUCCACGCUGACUGAUUCCCUGGUGUGCAAGGCCGGGAUCAUCGCCUCGGCGCGUGCUGGGGAGACCCGGUUCACCGACACCCGCAAGGACGAGCAGGAGCGGUGCAUCACCAUCAAAUCCACAGCUAUUUCUCUGUUCUAUGAGCUCUCUGAGAACGACUUGGCCUUCAUCAAGCAGAGCAAGGAUGGUUCUGGUUUCUUGAUCAACCUCAUUGACUCCCCUGGGCACGUGGACUUCUCCUCAGAGGUCACUGCAGCUCUGCGAGUCACUGAUGGUGCCCUGGUCGUCGUGGACUGUGUCUCUGGCGUGUGCGUGCAGACAGAGACUGUGCUGCGUCAGGCCAUCGCCGAGAGGAUCAAGCCUGUGCUGAUGAUGAACAAGAUGGACCGAGCGCUGCUGGAGCUGCAGCUGGAGCCAGAGGAGCUGUACCAGACCUUCCAGCGCAUUGUGGAGAACGUCAACGUCAUCAUCUCCACCUACGGAGAGGGAGAGAGCGGCCCCAUGGGCAACAUCAUGAUUGACCCGGUGCUCGGGACCGUGGGCUUUGGCUCGGGCCUGCACGGCUGGGCCUUCACCCUGAAGCAGUUUGCUGAGAUGUACGUGGCAAAGUUUGCUGCCAAGGGAGAUGCCCAGCUCAGCCCAGCCGAGCGUGCCAAGAAAGUUGAGGACAUGAUGAAGAAGCUGUGGGGAGACAGGUACUUUGACCCUGCUACUGGCAAGUUCAGCAAAUCUGCCACCAGCCCUGAUGGAAAGAAACUGCCUAGGACCUUCUGCCAGCUCAUCCUUGACCCCAUCUUCAAGGUUUUCGAUGCAAUCAUGAACUUCAAGAAGGAAGAGGCGGCUAAACUGAUCGAGAAACUGGACAUCAAGCUGGACAGUGAGGACAAGGACAAGGAGGGCAAGCCCCUGCUGAAGGCCGUGAUGAGGCGGUGGCUGCCAGCUGGAGAUGCCCUGCUGCAGAUGAUCACCAUCCACCUGCCUUCCCCUGUCACAGCCCAGAAGUAUCGCUGCGAGCUGCUCUACGAGGGCCCCCCCGAUGAUGAGGCUGCCAUAGGCAUUAAGAACUGUGACCCCAAAGGCCCCCUGAUGAUGUACAUCUCCAAAAUGGUGCCAACCUCUGACAAGGGACGUUUCUAUGCUUUUGGCCGUGUCUUCUCUGGUCUCGUCUCCACUGGCUUGAAAGUCAGAAUCAUGGGACCAAACUACACACCUGGCAAGAAGGAAGAUCUGUACCUGAAGCCAAUUCAAAGGACCAUUCUCAUGAUGGGCCGCUACGUGGAGCCCAUUGAGGACGUGCCUUGUGGAAACAUCGUGGGGCUGGUGGGCGUGGACCAGUUCCUUGUGAAGACUGGAACCAUCACCACCUUCGAGCACGCCCACAACAUGAGGGUGAUGAAGUUCAGCGUCAGCCCCGUGGUGCGCGUGGCCGUGGAGGCCAAGAACCCGGCCGACCUGCCCAAGCUGGUGGAGGGGCUGAAGCGCCUGGCCAAGUCUGACCCCAUGGUGCAGUGCAUCAUCGAGGAGUCUGGGGAGCACAUCAUCGCUGGCGCUGGGGAGCUGCACCUGGAGAUCUGCCUGAAGGACCUGGAGGAGGACCACGCCUGCAUCCCCAUCAAGAAAUCGGAUCCCGUGGUGUCCUACCGCGAGACAGUCAGCGAGGAGUCCAACGUGAUGUGCCUUUCCAAGUCCCCAAACAAACACAACCGGCUGUACAUGAAGGCCCGGCCCUUCCCCGACGGCCUGGCCGAGGACAUCGACAAGGGCGAGGUGUCGGCGCGGCAGGAGCUGAAGCAGCGGGCGCGGUACCUGGCCGAGAAGUACGAGUGGGACGUCACCGAGGCCAGGAAGAUCUGGUGCUUCGGGCCCGACGGCACCGGCCCCAACAUCCUCACCGACAUCACCAAGGGAGUGCAGUACCUCAACGAGAUCAAGGACAGCGUGGUGGCCGGCUUCCAGUGGGCCACCAAGGAGGGGGUGCUGUGCGAGGAGAACAUGCGCGCCGUGCGUUUCGACGUGCACGACGUCACCCUGCAUGCCGACGCCAUCCACCGCGGCGGCGGCCAGAUCAUCCCCACGGCCCGGCGCUGCCUCUACGCCUGCGUGCUCACGGCCCAGCCACGCCUCAUGGAGCCCAUCUACCUGGUGGAGAUCCAGUGCCCGGAGCAGGUGGUCGGAGGCAUCUAUGGGGUGCUGAACAGGAAACGUGGCCACGUGUUUGAGGAGACCCAGGUGGCCGGGACCCCCAUGUUCGUGGUCAAGGCCUACCUGCCUGUCAACGAGUCCUUCGGUUUCACAGCAGAUUUGAGGUCCAACACGGGAGGCCAGGCCUUCCCCCAGUGCGUCUUUGACCACUGGCAGAUCCUGCCCGGGGACCCCUUCGACAGCGCCAGCCGGCCGUGCCAGGUGGUGGCCGAGACCCGCAAACGCAAAGGGCUGAAGGAAGGAAUCCCCGCCCUCGACAACUUCCUGGACAAACUCUAAUGAAACUCAUGGAACUCUGGGAGAACAGGAAAAAAUUAAUUAAUUAGCGUUAUCACCCAUGCCCGCCAGGGGGUAGACGCCUGUGACCACCAUCUUGUUAAUUAAAUGGGUUUCAUAGCGAUUUUGAGAACUUCAAAUGAGGAAAACAAACAAAAAGGAAAAAAAAAAAAAAGCCUUAUAGGUUUCUGUGUUGCACAUGACUCAUCUUUGCCAUUGUAACUAAAACAUUUCCACUAGAUCUGCCCAAUUCUGUAUUUAUUUGACUCAAAAAAAAAAGAAAAUACUGCUGCAGAAUGGCCCAGAAGAGGGGGUGGGACGUGCUUAAAUCAAAAAGGGAGGGCAAGGAAAACAGGGGGAGAGAGAAAGAGUGAGGGGAUGAGGAUGCCUUAUCUGCAGCGUGACUGUCCGUCGUGCCCAUCGCCGCCUGUAUUAGUGCCACUGGAAUUAAUAAAAUUGGAUAAAUGGUGACGAAAA